GUGCGAACACUAAGUGACAGUUCAGCUUUAAUGGCUUGUCGAUUUCGCAGUAUAGUAAAUGAACGUUACAGAUCAACAUCGUGCUUAUUACGGGGUAUGCAUCCGAUCCUCCUUGUUCCUUUCUCUGCCCCGUUCGCUUGCCUCUCUCGCCUGAGUUUUCCCCUCGGAGAACCAGCAGGAUUAAGCAGUCCGUCAACGGUUACGGUUACUGACAUAUGCCAAAGCAAAUCGCAGAAUCCAGUUCCACUCCACUCGCCUUCUCGCUGCCCCCUGGUCGCGUCGGCUGACUGCCUUUUGUGUGCUUGACUGUGUGUGUACAUGCAUUUGGGCAUGCAUGUGGUUUGUGUGUGCGCACGCUGGUAGUAGCUGAAAAGGAUCCUCCUCCGCCCCGUCCUGGUUACUGUAGCUCAGAUUGCCGAGGCGAACGGACGGGAGCACCAACUCCAGCCCUCUCCCAGUCCCGGGGAUUCGUUUUUUUCGACACGUCUUCAGCGGAUCGCGUUACAUUUACAUUACUGGGGGAUUUAAGCCGCGAGGAGUUUAUCAUUCUUUGGCGCGAGCUCCGUGGACAAUGUUUCUCGUUCAGUACACAGGGCUGAACCCGCUGUCUUUCGACCCGGCCUCCAACAACGAGCCCCUGCAGUUCAGCAGCACCAACGGGCCGCUGGUGACGGACUGCCCCCUGGAGAACGGGGCGGAGAACAGCAAGAAGAGGAAGAGGCCCAACCUGCCCCCAGAGGGCAUCCGGAGCAUGGCCAUGGACUCCAGCCCCAUGGGGAUGCCCAUGUCUGACCCAAACGCCUGGGCCACCGCCAUGAACAACCUGGGGAUGGCGCCGAUGGGUAUGACCGGACAGCCGAUCUUGCCAGAUUUUGACCCCGGCCUCGGCCUGAUGACCGGCAUCGCCCCCAUGAACCCCAUGAUGCCCGGCCUGGGCAUCGUGCCCCCGCCCAUCUCGCAAGACAUGCCCAUCGUCAAGGAGAUCAUCCACUGCAAGAGCUGCACCCUGUUUCCUCCUAACCCCAACCUGCCCCCGCCUGCCACCCGGGAGAGGCCCCCCGGCUGCAAGACGGUGUUCGUGGGGGGGCUGCCGGAGAACGCCACGGAGCAGCUGAUCGUGGAGGUGUUCGAGCAGUGCGGCGAGAUCAUCGCCAUCCGCAAGAGCAAGAAGAACUUCUGCCACAUCCGCUUCGCCGAGGAGUUCACGGUCGACAAGGCCCUCUUCCUGUCCGGGUACCGGAUCAGGCUGGGCUCCAGCACGGACAAGAAGGACACGGGGCGGCUGCACGUGGACUUCGCGCAGGCGCGGGACGACCUGUACGAGUGGGAGUGCCGGCAGCGCAUGCUGGCGCGGGAGGAGCGCCACCGGAGGCGGAUCGAGGAGGACAGGCUCCGCCCCCCGUCGCCGCCCCCCAUCGUCCACUACUCCGAGCACGAGAGCAGCCAGCUGGGAGAGAAGCUCAAAGACGAUUCCAAGUUCGCGGAGGCGGUCCGCGUCCUGCUCACCUGGGUGGACCGGGGGGAGGUGAACCGCCGCAACGCCAACAACUUCUACUCCAUGAUCCAGUCGUCCAACAGCCACAUCCGCCGGCUGAUGAACGAGAAGGCCGCGCACGAGAAGGAGAUGGAGGAGGCCAAGGAGAAGUUCAAGAACGCCCUGGCGGGGAUCCUCGUGCAAUUUGAACAGAUUGUGAGUGUAUUCCACGCAUCCUCCAAACAAAAGGCGUGGGACCAUUUCUCCAAAGCCCAGCGCAAGAACCUGGACAUGUGGCGUAAGCAAGCGGAGGAAAUCCGCAACAUCCACAACGAGGAGCUGAUGGGCAUCCGGCGGGAGGAGGAGAUGGAGAUGUCGGACGACGACAUGGAGGACGUCCCGGAGAGCAGCAAAGACUCCGACGACUCGGGCCCGGCUGCGCAGGCGGAGUCGUUGCGUGAGGAGAACGACAGCCUGCGCUGCCAGCUGGACGCGUACAGGAACGAGGUGGAGCUGCUGAAGCAGGAGCAGGGCAAGGCGCAGCCGCAGCGCAGCGAGGAGGAGGCCACGCGCCAGCAGCAGCUCAGCUUCCUGCAGCAGGCCCUGCAGGGCAUGCAGAAGCAACUGCUGAAGAUGCGGGAGGAGCUUAAGCAGAGGGAGGCGGAGCUUGAGAAGACCGGCGAGGAGAAGGCGCAACUCGAGAGCCAAGUGCAGAGCCUGAAGGAGCGAGCGCUGGCCUUCCCCCACACAACGCCCUCUCCUCUGGAGACGUCGGAGCAGGAUGACAGAGGGAGUGAGGAGAGUGCUAAUCAAGCCAAUGAAGCGGCUGCGUCGGCGGUGGUGUCCUGCAGCCAGGAGAAAGAGAACGUUCCGGAAAAGGGCCCCCCCAGCCCGGUCAAGUCGGAAAGAGAGGCCCUGCUCGUCGGAAUCAUCUCCACCUUUCUCCACGUCCACCCGUUCGGCGCCAGCAUCGAGUACAUCUGCUCCUACUUACAGCGCCUGGACACCAAGAUCAGCACGUCCGAGGUGGAGGCGCUCCUGGGCCGGCUGCCCUGCACCUUCCGGCAGGAGCUGACGGGCGUGGGCGCCAGCCUGGAGAAGAGGUGGAAGUUCUGCGGCUUCGACGGCAUCAAGACCACCUAAGGGCGGCCGCGACGGAGGGGCCAGGAACCCGGAGGGGAGGGGGAGGAAGGGGGGGGGGGAGAGGGGGAGGGACAACAGGCAGGGCUGCUCCGCCCAUACCCUGAGCCCGAAUGUGUCGGUGCUACGGGACGGCGCGGGGGGCGCACGGACAGGGGCGGGACCGUUACCCAGAGACACACUGGCUGUCCGUCCGUCUGUCCGUCCGGCUGCAGCCUGAGCCGGACCACCUGGGCCAGCUCAGAAAAUCAGGGUCUGCUCGAGGCUUCGUUCUGCCAACCGACCUUUCUUUCUCCCACACUCGUUUCUUUUCCUUAUGUAAAUAAGUAUAUAAAUAACAUAUGAAUAUAUUUCUUCACUAUCUGUACAGGAUGUCAACUGUCCCGUAAAAGGUUUUUUUUUUGCUUUGGUUUAUAUAUGUAUACAUACAAUCCAUGUAUAAAUAAUUUUUAAAAAGACUUUACUUUGUAAAGAAAAGCCAAGUGAUGAUAAGAGAGAAGGAAGGUCUUGUUUUGUUUUAAAGUUGUGGAAAGGCUGUUGAGGGGAGUGAUAAAAUGGAAUGAUGGGAAAGGUUGCUCUGGCACCAGCGCUGCGAUAAAUCGCUUCUUUCCCCUGAGCUGCCUGCACAGGAGAGGGAGGCCCUGAGCCAGGCCAGAGGAGCUCCAGCAUCGCUCCUCCAAACACAGCGCCCAGUACCCCCCCGGCUUCGGCCCCGCCUCCAGGCCCCACCCCUUGGCUUUGGGCCCCGCCCCCUCCACCCCUCCGGCCUCACCCGCCCAGAGACACAGAACCGCGACCCAAUUUCUGCACGCCAGCGUCACGGCGACUCCGCUAGCCUUCACCGGCGAGGGAGAGAGGGGAAAAGAAGACAAGCGGUGGAUCACGUCCGUACCCAGGAGGCCUCCCGCCACCUCGCCUCUCCCAGGGAAAAAAUGUGCGUUUAGUCAUCUCUGAAGGCCUUUUCUGUCCGUGCUUUUCCAUUAUGUUUUUUUUUUCCCCCAUUAAUAUCACUUAGUCAUUUUCAAACAUGGAAAAGGCUGUCUGUGUGUGUUUCUCCCGGAGGGACGGGGGUGUGAGAGUCACGUCUCCUGGCGUGGCGCUGCCGUGGGAACGGCGGUGUUUGGCGGUGUUCUCGGCGCGUUCCCGCGAUGCGUCCGCUCGUUGUGAGCGCCCUGCCUGUCUGUACCUCUGUCCGCCGGCCCAUUGGCCGCUGGUUUGGUUUGUUUUUUUUGUUUUUUUUUUAAAUCCGGGUGCGAGUGGUACCUGAAGCCGGCAGCUCCGCGCCCCCGCGCCCCCACGCCCCCGCGCCCCCGAGCGCCCGCAGCCGGGGGACGAAGACUCUCGCAGCUGCGCAGCCGAGCAUUUCGCGCGUGCCUCUGCUGUGCAGUCUGCAGGGUUUCUGUAGCUGCGGGAAAGCUAACGCUCAUUACACAUGAUUCGCUCUGCCGGGCCCCCCUCCAUGUCCUCAGGCUACAAGAGCGGAGUUCAGAUGCUCGCCUCCGCCUCGCCCUUUCCGAUUUGAAUUAAUAAUAAUGUGAUGAGUGUACCCUCUCACUGACCCCCCCGCCCCCCCCCCCUGUUGCCCCCCUCCCAGCCCCUCCCCACCCCUCCAUCUGAAGCACAGGCCUGGGUGUACAAAUUCUUUUCAGAGUAAAUGUUUUAUGUCAGGAGUCCGGAGUGGGGAAAAAUAGAGCAGCAGGAACGCGAGUUUCGCGUUUCAUGGAAGCGUGAUCAACACUCUUCGCUGAGGAGAAUAUGGACUGUGGAGUGUGUGUGUGUGUGUGUGUGUGUCAGGGAUGGCGGGAGGUUGGGGAAUGAGGAAUCAGAAGUACCACCGCAGUCUGAGGACUGCAGAGCGCUUCUGCGUUCCUCACCUAAUGUUCUUCCCAGUCCUCCGUUUCUCAUCAAUUCGCUGGUGUCGCAGCUGUACGGUCAUAUUGGGGAUGUGGCGGAGAAGCUUGCUGUUUGUGUGUCGUUUGUUACCAGUGGGGUUGGGUGUGAUGUUAGUCUGUGCCCAGUGGAUUCCUCUUGAGUAUCCACAGCAAACCGCAGGGCCUUCUCUCCUCUCACACAGCCGGACCUUCUCUCCUCUCACACAGCCGGACCUUCUCUCCUCUCACACGGCUGGACCUUCUCUCCUCUCACACAGCCGGACCUUCUCUCCUCUCACACAGCCGGACCUUCUCUCCUCUCACACAGCCGGACCUUCUCUCCUCUCACACAGCCGGACCUACUCCGUUUUCUCCACCCGCUCGGAGAGCUCUCCGUAUAUCCAUCCACCAGCGCUUCUUUCCUUUUUUUCUUUCCCUGUUAUCUGGACGCGUUCCAGAAACCGUGUGGUGACAUUUUCACACAAAAGGCGUAUGUGCGGGAGGGGUUCGUGAGCGGACGGAAACGUCCGUUUUUUUUUCCCCCGUUUUCUUUCUUUCGCUAUUUUUAGUGGAGCCGAAUGAGCGCGCUCAACGUGCACUUGGGCGCAGUGACGCUCUGGGGACACAUCUGUACGUUAAGCCUGUACAUGGUGCUUUCUCCGGGGGGGGGGGGGCCUGGGGAGCAGCUUCCGGCUCUGUUCUGCUAGUCAGGCGAAACGCCGCUCUCCAAGGCUGCUCUGACGCCUUGCGUCGACAUGGCGGGUUCGCAAUGCCGUCUGUUUCGGCUCAAGGAUCGGCGUUCGCAACACGUUCCCGCCUCCGCCGCGGGAUGUCACCGUGCCACCGGAGCCUCGGAAACAGGACGCGCUCUGAAUUUAGCUUUCCUCGGAAAGGGCUUUCGUCGGAAGCCCAGACGUGCGAAGAUGAAGUGAAUAACUAAUUCGAUCUAGCUGCUCCCUUGGAGACCUGUUUGUGUUCUGUGCCGGCGAGGAUUACCGAUGGCAAGCGUCCUUUUGUCUGUGGAGGUGGACUCCUGCAGGGAUUUGCAUUGUGAGGUGAAAUUUGUCUCCUCGAUACUUUACAGGAAGUGAUGCGCGAGUGCUUUGUAGAGCGGUGGGACAGCCCUUGAGUACCUUGCCCUUGUUUUCUCCGGGACAUGGCUUCCUGUGCAGAAAUGGGCACAGAUGUCAACACUUGAAAUCCCUGCAGUCUGCAAAUAUAAAAUCAUUUCCAAUUAACACAUGUCACGUUCCCACCAGUAAUUGGAUCCAUGGCGAUAAGAAUGUGACUUACGGGUGACAUCCUGGCGCUUGAGGUAGUUCUAAUAAAUUGGCGCUUAGUGGAAACUCUGAUCGUUUCCUGCAUGGUGUAACGCAAUGUGAAAAUCCAUCCAGUAGCAAUUAACAGGCAGGUUAAAUUUAACUGCCGCUUCCUACCGACGGGUUAGCGAGUUAGCGCUCAGAGUGGUGUUGGCCUGCGUGUGUUUCAAACCCUGAACGCCACUUGCUCAGGGGAACUGAACAAGCCUUUGACAAAAACCAAAAUCGCCCUGUCCCUCCAUCCAGAGGGAUAAAAUGGCUAACGGGCGCCAUCUGUUUGAGGAACAAUCGGGAGAGACAGAGAAAGGUUUCUGUAGCAGCUGCUGCUGUCAUAGCGGUUUGUCAUAAAAGACAGAAUUAAGAUUGAAGCUAAGCCUUAAAUCUGUAUGUGGGAGAUCGGCUUAGUGAUUCAAUAUCUCCCCCUGGUGGUCAAGAAUGUCAUACCUUAAUCACCCCCCGACUUUAGCACAUACACAUACAGUUUCCUGCUCACUAAAUCAAGAAGUGUUUUAUUUUGACAGGUGUAAUAUGACCUUGACCUGUACUUAAAGUGCAGCAGUUACUUCAUUAACUUAUGUGCUGAAUGUGCAAAUCUAUAUUUAAUCUCAAGAUUAAAGCUAUAGAACAGCCAGCUGGAAUGUCUCCAUGAUUUCAAAUUCAGUAUGUCUAAUGUUGUUUUAUUUUUUUAAGAAGCUGUUUAAGCAUUUUUUGUGUGUGCGUGUGUGUGUGUGUGUGUGUUUUGUUUUUUUGUCAUAAUUGAGUGGGAUGGAGAGGCUGUGAGUAAUUGUUUCUUCGGGGAAACUGUUGGAUUUUCUUCUAUAGUCAUGUUGCUUCAUCCAUUCAGAGGUAUCGGUGGAUUAGAGGAACGCUGUCCGUUGUUAAACAGGUGUAAUGCGCUGACUGCUAAUAAGAACUGUAGGCAGACCUGCAACUUUCACAUUAAAUUAAAUGGCUUUGAUUGCCUUGUUUGUUACGGCUAACGACGGAUUUCACUUUAAUGAGCUCGGCGCCGCCAACCGCCACCUGUCAAUCCCCUGAUUGCUUUUUGUAAAUCAGUUACUUUGCUUAUAAAACAGACCCUGUAACAACGCAGUGGCAGAGUGAAAAGGAGGUUUAAAAGGGGAAAAAAUGGCAUUUUCCUUUGAAUUCGUUCAUUGUCCAUUGUCAUUUCAUAGGUGUAGUACUGUUAUUUCUAUUUAACCAUUUUUUUUUUUUGAUCACUUAGUGAAAUCUGUUCUCCAGGUGCGAUUGCUCUGAAAUUCCAUCAGUCCAGAUUUUCCGGGGAUGGGUAGCCGCUUAGCUACAUUUUAAUGAGCUGCAGUCUCACCUUAUGUUUCUGCCAAUCCUCUCACCUUUCCUGAGGGAGAAAAAGAAGAUACUUUGUACAGGCGGUGAUUAUCUGUAUUGUUGAAAAUUGUAUUUUUAGAAAUAAAACCUUUUUUCCAAAGA